AUGGACGCAGUACCGCUGGGGCCGGCCCCCAUCCCAAAGCAGUUUGUCCUCUGUUUUGAUGGUACUGGUAAUAAGUUUUGCGGUGAUGAAUCGGACAGCAACGUGCUCAAGAUCUACCGAAUGCUAGAUCGCAGUAAGAGUCACCAGUUCCAUUAUUACCAGCCAGGUAUUGGCACCUACGUGACAACCACCUCCCUUUCCAGUAAUGGGCGAUUCCACCGGAUCAAGUCGGCCUACCUGAAAGCUAAGGACUCCGCCGUGGGUUCCUCCUUCGACCACCAUGUCAUGGGUGGUUAUAAAUUCCUCAUGAGAUACUAUGCCCCGGGCGACGAGAUUUACUUUAUUGGUUUCAGUCGCGGUGCCUAUAUCGCGCGCUUUCUGGCGGAGAUGCUUGAUUAUAUUGGCUUGCUCGAAGCGGGAAAUGAGGAGCUGACUAGGUUCGCAUGGAAGACAUUUGCCAAAUGGCAACAGCGUCGACGCGGGGAUAGUGAAGAGGAAAAGGAGGAGCAGAAAAAAUUGUUCCGAUUCAUGAAGGCUUUCCGUGAAACCUUCAGCAGACCUAUCAGUCGCAUCAAAUUCAUGGGCCUAUUCGACACGGUCAACAGCGUGCCGAGGUUCGAGUCAGCCUGGAUGCAGAGAAGCAAAUUUCCGUACACUGCUCGCAGCUCUGCCAGGGUUAUCCGACACGCCGUAGGCAUUGACGAACGGCGCGCUAAAUUUCGACAGGAUCUCAUCUCCGAGGCCAAACCCUGGUCCAUGAAGAAACGAGGUCCUCGUCGCUGGCAGCGACACCUUCACCCCUUCCGCCAUGAUGAGGAUCCCGAGUCGGAGAAACCGAAUGGUCUACCAUCCAUUGUCGUGAACGACAACGCCAAGGUGGAGACGGGGCCGCAAGGCGCGGCAAAAGGCCGAAAGGACCGGGAAGAAACUGAAUCCGUCUACCGUAGUGCAGAUGGAUCGCGUGCCGGAAGCAUUCGCAGUGCACAUCAUUAUCGUUCACCCUCACGGUUGAAGAGCAAGAAACUCGGGUUAGCUGUACCUAUGCUUAACCAAUCUACAGAAGACUUAGCAUCGAUCAAGAGUGGUAACUCAAUACUUUCGCUUCAGGUGCCGGAAGCAGGGAGUCGCGCUCCUAGCGAGUACGAUGAAGAUGACGAAGAUGAACGCCCUCAGGACAUUCAAGAAGUCUGGUUUCCCGGCGGACACGCGGACAUCGGCGGAGGUUGGAAACUUGGUGAAGGCGAAGAAUGGCCUCUGAGUCAUGCACCUCUGGUCUGGAUGGUACACGAGGCGAAGCGCGCGGGCCUUCAGUUUGACCCACGCAAGCUCAAACAGUUCGAAUGCAGCGAGGAGUAUGAUGGGGAGGUUUCGCCUUUGCGUGAACAUAUCCCUUGGAAGCAGAAUAUGGACAUGUGUCAAGAUCCCAGCCAUGGAGAAGAUAAUGAUGAGCACAGGAGAUUCGCCCGAAAGGAGGAUGAACAGAACAUGUCUAAAUCCAAGCGCAGAUUUUUGGAAGCGCUGUACGAGUCCAGCACGAAAGGACACCUGCAUGAUUGCUUGGCUUACGGCAAUGGGCUGCCGUUCUUUUCAGUGUUGUCGUGGCGGAUCAUGGAGUAUCUUCCAUUCCGCCGCAUGGAUCUGCAGAGCGACGGCUCUUGGAAGCCAAUCCGGUGGCCUCUUCCCUGUGGAGAGGUGCGAGAUAUUCCCAACGAUGCUCAAAUCCAUAUCUCAGCCAUCCGCCGCCUGAAGGCCGAUCCCAAGUACCGACCGGGCAAUCUAAUCGUUGGCGGAGGCGGACGCGGUGUCAAACGAGCUCCAGAGGAAUACGGCAUUGGGGAAUGGGUAGUUGAAGACCACGAAGGGGAUCCUGUACGCGAAGUGUACGUCCGCAAGAGUGUGUCGAAGAUGUGCAGAGAGGCACAUGCCUGA